GACUUUUAUGUGCCCUGGUUUACAGUUGUUUCAUUCUGCAGGUUGGAGGGCUUCCUCUAGUGUUUCCCCCCUAGGCGUGGGUGUGUGGGUGUUUCUUUAUUUAUACAGAGCAGAAGGGAAUCCUUUAUACACAUGUACAAAGUUUACUUUCUGUUUAAUAUGAAAAAGAUGUGGGUAGGAGCUUGAGCAGUUAGUAAUAACAUUACUGGUAAAGAUUCUCUAAAGGGAGUUUUCUUAUUGUGGGGGUGUUUUGAUUUUAUAUCUACCUUUCCAGCAAUUACUUUAUCAUCAACACAAAGUUUGAAAUACUCACAAAUUAGUAUAGUGGUCGCUUCUGCCGAAGACAGGAUGGAAUAUACAAAUCCACUACACAAAGGAGAAAAAAAUAAUUUUCAAAUGUAUGGACUGAAGAUAGAUGGAGAAAAUGUGGACUCAGAGAGGUGUGAGAGCGCUGAACUAAAUGAGGAUAUCAGGAGACAGAUUCAGCAGAAAAAUAUGUUUCAUAAAGCAGAGGAAGCUUUUCUUGUUUCCAGAACUGAAACCCUAUACCAAAGGAACUUCUGUCACCAUGGGAUGCUCACACAGUGCUUUAUACAGUCAAGAAAUCAAAACAAUAUGUCAACAGAAGCCUACAAGGAAAUGAUACAGAAACUAGAAAAACAAAGAGCAGAGUUACUGGACGUAAACAAGCAAUGGGACAAUCAAUUCAGAAACAUGAAACAAGCUUAUGAAAAAAAGGUUGGCGAAUUGAGAAUGAAGCUGUCAUUAUAUGAAUGCAGCAGAGAAGGAUGCAAGGAUCUAAAGAAAGAUGACAGUCGGCAUAACUGGAAAGACCAGCACACCCAACAGGGCCUUGUGAAAGCCACUCAGAAAACCAAGGAUGACAAGGCACAGACAAGAAUAAAUAUUCCAGCAAGAGACUUGGAUUAUGCAGAUAUGAGAGCAGAUAUUGCAGCUCUUUUGCAGCAGAUCAAGAUAUAUGAAGAAGACUUCAGACAAGAAAGAGCUGACAAAGAGAAGUUACGUCAAGAGAAGGAGGAACUACAGCAAACUAAUCGGCAUUUAUGUCUUCAAAUUAAAAAAAUAAAUAAAUUAAGACAGUGAAUUAAAUCAAAUAAAACCUCACAGGUCAACGAUGCACACUUUCCAAUUUUAAAGAAUUUUAUUUCAGGUUCCUUCCUGCUUCUGUUAUGUAGAAACAAUAUCAGUUCAGCUGCUGAAAUUGAACAAACUGUGCCAAGAUAAAAUUUCAGUUUAAAUUCAGUGGUGUUUGAACUAUUGCUUUUGCCACAUCUUUCUUAAAAUUUUGUAUUACAAGAAAAAUGUUAAAAUAAAAAUAUAUAUUUUUU